AUGGACGCUCUCACGCGCAAGCACGUCCCCGAGGACGUCGGCCUCCGGAAAACCGGCGAAGUGGAGGACGAGGGAGCCGGGGGCCAGGCCCAGCUGCACCGCGACGAGAAGCAGCACAAGCCGGUGCUGACGAAGGUGAAGGAGAGGAUGAAGAAGAUCAAGAACACCCUCGCCGGCCACGGCCACGGCCACGACGGUGAGCACGGCGGCGGCGACGAGCGCAUGGGGGACGCAGGCACCGGCACCGGCCGCGGCAGCAGCAGCAGCAGCGAGGAGGCGGAGGAGGACGCGGUGGAGAGGGAGGCCGCGCUGGAGAAGGGCGGCUACAUGGAGGACGUCGAGGACAAGCCCGUCGUCAUGGAGUCCGACCCCGAGGUGCACGGCGCGCCAAAGGGUGAGGACAUAGGCACGACGCCCGUGGUGCAGCAAUUCGAGACGAUGAGUUUGUCCGACGACCCGGCGCACGUGGGCGCGGGAAAGAAGGGCGCCAAGGCAGAGGAGUGGAAAGACAAGGCCGCGGACACGGUGGGCGGCGCGGCCGGUGGCGCUAGCUACAUGGACAGGCUCAAGAACGCGGCCGCCGGCAGCACGGAGUACGGCAAGAAUCUAGCGAGCGCCAGCGUCGGCACCGCUGUGGGCGUGGGGAAGCGCGACGACGAUCAACGCACGGAGGCGGUGCCGGCGUCGAACACCGCCGGCGCGGAGGAGUGGAGAGACGCCCCCGAGGCCACGGACACGGACGCGACGAGAGGCGCCGGGUACACGGACAAGAUCAAGUCGGCGGCCGCGGGCACCACUGGGUACGGCAAGCAGCUGGCGUCCACCGUGUACGACAAGGUCGCCGGCGUCGGCACCGCCGUCUCGCCCAACCUCCGUCCGCAGGAGAGCUCGGCGAAGGCGGAAGGCGCACACAGCGAGGCAAUACCGGUGUCGGACACCGGCGCUGAGGAGUGGAAGGACGCCCCAGCUGCCACGAACGCGACCAACACCGCGUCGGGGCCGGCGGGCUAUACGGACAAGAUCAAGUCCGCGGCUGCCGGCACCACGGAGUACGGAAAGCAGCUGGCGAGCACCGUGUACGAGAAGGUCGCCGGCGUCGGCACCGCCGUGGCGGGCAAGGUCCAGCAGGCCACGCAGUCUGCCGGCACGGCGACGCCCGGGCCCGGCGUGCAUCAGGACACGGCCACCCCCAGCGCCGGCGGGCAGGACAAGGGGGUGACCCCCGUGCAGCGGCGCAAGGAGGACGUCGGGGGCACGGUAGCGCAGCGCGUGCCGGCGCCCGGUCCGGCGAUCACCAAAGCGCGCGAUGCCGUCACGUCGCUCACCGGCGGGAACCGGGUCUCCGAGACCGUACAGCCAACCACAGCCACAGGAACUAAUUUAGUUGUUGGCUUGUUUCCGGAAGGGUACCAACACGGCACGAGCAUGUACAACCUCGUAAUGAAGGUUUUCGCCGAGUGUGGGGAGGUCAAGGCGAUGUGGCGGCUGUUUGAGGAGAUGACGGAGAAGGGGUUGCCUGUCUCUUCCCGGACGUUCCACCUCUUGAUAUGUGCAUCUGGGAAGGUUGGGUUGAGGCGGAGGCUGGUGGAGAGGUUCAUCAAGUCGAGUACUUUCAACUACCGCCCAUUCAGAAAUGCGUUUAAUGCAAUAUUGCACACACUUCUGACCAUAGAGCAGUACUCGCUGAUUGAGUGGGUUCACGAGAAAAUGAUCCUUGAGGGGUACUCACCUGAUGUCUUGACACACAAUGUGGUGAUGCGUGCAAAGUAUAUGCUCGGGAAGUUGGAUCAAUUCCAUCGGUUACUUGAUGAGAUGGGAACAAAUGGGCUUACGCCGGACCUCCAUACUUACAAUCUGUUGCUUCAUGUGCUUGGUAAGGGAGACAAACCCCUCGCAGCUCUCAAUUUGCUGAACUAUAUGAGUGAUGUUGGGUGUGUGUGCCAAAUGUGCUCCAUUUCACAAAUUUGA